AUGCACCCAGACAACCGUGACUCCUUCGAAUUUCCAGUUGGCGGGUUCCUGCAGAUCCAGGGCGUCGUCACGGAAGAGGAGCUCCGCACCCCGAACAUGAUUGACGGGGACGGCGUAGACUGUUUUCUGGUCCUCAAGAGCGGCAAGUCGACCGGACUCACCCCCGGUCGCGGAACUAGCAUCGAGUCCUUUGUUCGGGAGUACACCGACUCUGGCAAUCGCUCGACGUUCAUGGCGGUAGCCAUCUACCCGUAUAGCCACAAAGACGGCGCUUUCUCCGAACCAGGGGAUUCUAGGUCUAUUGUCGUUGACGACCAUGGACGUAUCGUCGGUCUGCUUACUGGCGGUGCCACUGGUCUGAAUGGUUCCACUGAUGUGACCUAUUUGACGCCGUAUUACUGGAUUGAGGAGCGUAUUAAGGAGGCUUUCCCAGACUCCUGUCUGUACUAG